AUGCGCUGUAGGAGGAUGCUAUGCUUCUUGCCGCUGCGGCGACCCGCCUCGCUGCCGGCAGUCACAGGCGGUAUUCAUGGCUACCCCGUCGUGGUGGGUCUUCGGUGGCACUUUGACGAGGUGCCAUCCUCCUCAACUCCCGCAUCUUUUGCGUCGAGGCCGGUGAUAUCGAAGGAGGACCGAAAAGUCAUGCCGUGGGUGGAGGGCGGCAGCCCGGCGGAUGCAGCGGCCGCCUCAAAGACUUACAGGACCGAGCCGGCACACGAAGCUGCUACCGCUGCUGCUGCUGCGGAUGGUGGUGACGGCUUUGAGAAGACACCGCCAAGGGGCCAGCCCUCUGCAGAAUCGUCGCCCACCGCGCGGUACGCUCCGUGGGAGAUCCGGGCGUUGCUGUUGCCGCUUAUUCCUCUUGGAGGCGCCACUGUUGCUCUUCGCGAAGUCAUUCAUCUGCUUCCUACCGCAGCCCGAGAGGAAAUGCAGCGGGAUGGUGGCAGUCCGCUGGCGUACGUGCGGCAGCACUUCUCUGAGGAUGUUAUUGUGCGGGGUGUUGAGCUGUCGCGCCGCACCGUUGACUUGGACGGCGUCGUACCACACGGAGGAGCGAGGCAGGCAGCGCCACCACCACCACCCCCGCCGUUGCCAUCUGCCAAUUCGAGUCGGGCAGCUGCACAACGACCUUCGCAAGCUGCCGGGGGUGCGAAGACGGUUUUGGAGGUUCUAGACACACUGGUGGAGUUCAUUCCGACCUUCUUCGUGCAGCAGCAAAUGGUGUCCGACCAGCUGCCAUCUGAGGUCAAAAAACAGUACGUCGAUAGUAGUUUCUUGUUUUACAUCAAGCGCUUUCGACAUUAUAUUGAUAUUAGGGCACAUCACGGGAGCACCGAAAUCCGUCUGCGUCCUGACUUUGCCCACCCAAAGCGCGGCGCGGCGGACACCCGCUACGCAACUGGCCUUAGCAACAGUGACAUGUUGAGCCAGUUGGCACGGGGACGCAGGCCACCACGAAAUUCUGAGGCAAACUUAAUUCACUUUAUUAUACCGAGAAUUCCAAGCACUUACACACCACUUGCAACAGUACUGCAGGAUGUGUCUGAUAUCGUCUCGCGGCACCCUUCGUUUGAUCCACGUCUUGGAGUCACAGGUCUGUUUGAGAAGUACCCGGAGUACUUUCAAAUUGUUGAUUCGAAGCUGCGUGUGCGGCCGUUCCACAGUGCACCAAACUCGUUAGAUGACUUGAAUGCAACGACCUCGCCCCUUCCUACAAUUUAUGCCAAGAUAAAGCAACUUGUGGAUGAGUAUGCGGAGGGAAAAGACUACACCGUGGAGGCUGAAAAGGCAGCAGCGGUGGUUCCAACAGGGAAAUUGUACGCGUUACUUAAUAACACAGAGAAGAAGGAAGUAAAGACACGCUGUCGUUCUUUUCCACGUUUCCUGCGGUUACAUGGAGAAGAGAUUGUGGUGUCUGUAGAUAAUAUGAAGGUUUAUCAAUUCCGCCCCACGUACGAGAGGUGCGCCGAGACGAUUAUGGACCAGCGUCUCAGUAUGGGCUCCCUUUCUCCGGAUGAUCCCGUGUUGAAGAUUCCUGCCGCAAUCGACGACAACAGUUCAGCUGACUGGGCGGUGCGGGAGUUGUACGACGCGCUUCCACUCAUGCAAUGUGCGGAACUUGACGAGGUCAUGUCUCUGGUCCCACCCUCCGUCAAGAGCGCCCUUCCACAAGAGCAGGAGAAACUGGUUGAACAUCUUGCACUGUACCCGGAUUACUUUUUGACAUGGCCGUACCCGGAUGAUCCACGCGUCAUUGUGGUGCAGCGAGCGAAAUUGGAGCCAUUACCGAUGGAGGGGGAGGACAUUGCACGUGUAGUAAUGCCGAUGAUUCCACAAGGGGGUAUUGAGGUGUCAAGGCUUCUGCGUCGUGUCCCACUCCCGCUGCAACGCCACUUCUACCGCCAUGGUCUGAAAAAGGUGCUCGGCGAGAUGAAGAAUUACUUCCUGAUUGUGGGAGAAAAAGUGAUGCGGGUUGGAUGA